UAUAAACAGCAACGUUGUGCUGGUUCAGUCUACGCUAACAGCAAAAAUAUCAACUGUUUUAUUCAAAAUAAAGGGAUAUAAUAUAAAACUCGCGAGCUGUAGUGAACCCCAGGUCUAUAUCAUCUGAGGGGCCAGAAUGUAACUGCUGCUCAAUUUAAGGUGGAACGGGAAAACUAGGAUAAACAGCUGGCGAACAGGAAUCCAACCUCAGCCUCGUCCGUAUGAGCUAGUACGGCGGUUAAUCCCCAUCAUGAGGCACGUUGACGUUUGAACGCGUUUUAACGUGGAGAUACAGGGUUAUCUGGAUAACCUGCACAUUAAAAAUGACGCUUCCAGCUUUGCAGAAUACGAGCGUUUUCUUCCGGAGGAUUCUGUCACAGUUUCCUCAGGAUAUUAGCUUAGCCUUCGCCUAUGGCUCUGCAGUGUUCAAACAGGCUGGCACUGCUCAAGGUCAGAUGGGGAAAAACAUGCUGGACUUUGUGUUCGCAGUGGACGACCCCGUCACCUGGCACACCAUGAACUUGAUAGAAAACAGGAAACACUACUCUUUCUUGAAAUACCUUGGUCCAAAGCAGAUAAGCAGCAUUCAGAACGACUAUGGAGCUGGAGUGUACUUCAACACAUUGGUGCCCUCCGAUGAACGGCUCAUCAAAUAUGGAGUCAUCAGCACUGAUGCCUUGAUAGAUGAUCUACUUCACUGGAAAACGAUGUAUGUAGCAGGACGAUUACACAAACCAGUGCGGAUUCUGCUGCAGAGUGAGAACGGGAAGCUGCGCGCUGCGCUGGUGGCCAAUCUGAAGAGCGCUGUGAAUGCCUCCUUCCUUAUGCUUCCAGAGAGCUUCUCUGAGGAAGACCUUUUUCUCCAGAUAGCUGGACUCUCUUACUCUGGGGAUUUCAGGAUGGUGAUUGGUGAGGAUAAAUCCAAAGUAUCCAACAUUGUGAAGGACAACAUGCAGCACUUCAGGAUCUUAUAUAAUAACAUUCUGCAAGAUUGCCCACAGGUGGUGUACAAGCCACAGCAGGGGAGGCUGGAGGUGGACAAAAGCCCAGAGGGGCAGUUUACUCAGCUGAUGGCUCUGCCAAGGACCCUCCAGCAACAGAUCACUCGGCUGGUGGAUCCACCUGGGAAGAAUCGGGAUGUGGAGGAGAUUCUGCUGCAGGUGGCUCAGGACCCUGACUGUGGCUUAGUAGUACAGCAAGGGAUCUACUCGAUAGUGAAAACCUCCAGCAUAUCACAGAGUGCCAAAGGAAUCAUUACAGCUGGACUCCUGAAAUCAGUGUCAUAUAGUACGAAAAAGCUGCGGAAAAUGUGGAAAGGCUGGAGGAGAAAGACGCCAUGACUUCUCGUCUCUUUCCCUGCUUUUAACGAACUCUGUUGCACUGACUGACUUUUAUUUGUGUGUGCACCCUGUCCUAGUUUAAUCAUUUCAGAUCUGAGCUUAUAACAUUUUAUAUAAGAUCCCACAAAGUUGCGUCUAAGUGUAAUACCAUUAGAGAAGUGUUCAGAUGGCAAUGAUGCCAUUUGCUGUUUUGUACGUUUUUGGUUGCUUUUCAAUUAAAAAAACAAGUUAUAUAUUUAUAUCUAUAA